AUGCCACCAUCAACUGUCGGAUGUGUCGCUUCGGCGAAUGUAUUUAUAAAGGCCAUCCCCUCUCCCCGGAACCUCCACGAAAGCAAACACAUCCUAGCCGCGCUCCAGAAAUUCGGCGAAGUAACCACAUUCCGGAAUCUCAAGUACGAUAUCUCAAACGGCUCAUCAAAUAUUCACCGCUCAAUAAUCACCAUAUUCGCCUCCCCCGAAGCCGCAGAGCGUGCAAUCGCAUCGUCACCUCUGACGAUUCCAUUCCCGCAGCCAAUAUCCUUAACAACACCAUCGACAGCGGCGUCAAUGUCGCCGAUAGUCCCUAAAAAAUCAGCUUUCAAAUCAUCACAUUCUGUAGAGAAUUCACAAUUACUACCUGAAACAAUACAACUCACUAUCGAACACUCGCGCCACAAUCAUGCAAGUGCUAUUACCCGCAAUCCGUGGCACUCAAGGAGUCACAACCCGGACCGAGAUGAUCCUAUAUUCAAAGACAUGAUGAAUAAACAAAAUGAAUUGCCUAUCAAGGAACUGGCAGAUGUUCUACAGAGCACGAAGAUGUAUAUCCCUUCAAGGACGAGAAGUCGUCGUUUGAAUUUUAGUUUGAUGGAUAUAUGGAAACGAGGUAUGGAUCGGGAUGUGAAGAAACAGGAUAUCAAGGGGCCGGAGACUCAUACGACUGCCUCGCAUGAAGAGACCGAUUCAGAGCAGGUGUAUAUGAGCGACGAUGAAGUCCCGAGGGUAAAAGAAGCCGACUCUAAGUCAUUCUACAUUCCUUUUCGGUGA